AUGGAAAUACCAAUUUCUUAUGGUACAGUCGCCAUUCCGCCGAGUCUCAAUCAUUUUGCGAUAUAUAAUCCUACUUUUGGACCUACAGAAGAAACGCAGAAAGAUCAAUUAUUAUAUUAUGUAGCAAAGAAAACAGUUCCAAUCGACGUCCAAAUGCGUCAAAUUGGCCUGGCUCAGGGCUUAAUUAACUUUACAAGGGCAUUUUCUCCAAUAAAGGCUUGUGAGAAUGUUCACACACAAAAAAAUCGAAUGGUAUUUCAUCAACCUGAAAAGGAUUAUUGGAUAUAUGUUUCAAUCGAAUUAGGCUACAUAAAAAAAUUAACGAAGGAUAAAGACGGCAAACCGAAAAAUGUCAUUGAAUAUCUUGAUUCGAAUCUACAUGAUUCAGGAAUAAAAAGAAUGCUUGACAUGGGAUAUGAAAUGUAUAGAGUAUUCAACGGUACUUUCGAAUCGACAGUAAAAACCUUUGGAGUAAUGGCUUUAAAAACUAAAUUAAAGGAAUUUUUCUCCAAUUGGGUUUUUGAAUGGGAUUUUGAUAAAACUGAACUUACAAAGACAAUUGAUGGCAUUUUUUAUCUUCCCCUUUCCAAUCCAGCCAUUUCGAAGGUUUCAUCAUUUGUUGAACAAAUUCAGGCAGAGCAUAAUUUUAUAUCGGAGAUACUUGUAUUGUGGCAAAAUAAAUUGGUAUAUAAUGGAGAUGGAAAUAGAAAUAUAUCAGAAAAUGAUCUAAAGAGCAUAUUACGACAUCUAGUUCCUUUGAUAUCAGAGAAAGAUGCGCUUGAAAGGGAACUACUUGAGAAAAAGAAGAAAGCCAAAGAAACUGAAAAG